GAGGCGGGUCCGAGCCCGCGCCCCGGCCCGCGGGGGAGUUCCCAUAGUUGGCAGCUCGAGAACGCGGGGCCACAUCCUUGCUGCCGGCCGGGCGCCGCGCGCGGGCGGCUGAACGCAGCCCCCCGGGUCGGCCCCGGCCAUGGCGAGGGAGAGGCCGCCCGGAAGGGGCUGCAGCACCCUGGGCCGGUGUCUGCUUGGCGCUGCGCUGCUGCUCGGCCUGCGGCUCUGCGCGGAGCUGCGGCGCGCUGGGCCUCCGCCCCCAGCCCGCAGCGCCCCGCCGGGCCCAGCCCCCGGGCCUCCCGCACCGCACCUGCCGCCGGCGCCCGGCCCGCAGCGCGGCGCCAGCAGGAGGCAGGUGACCUACGUGCGCAGCGGGCGCCGAGCUCCGCCCGGGGGAGGCGGGAGCGGGACGCCGGAGCCGGGCUGCUGUGCCCCGCGCGGGCGUCCCCGCCAGAAGGGUCCCCGGUGGCAUAUAGACCUCCAGCCUUGGGCAGGCCCUACGCAGUCCCUGGAUGAAGAAGCCUUGAGGUUCCUGAGAUACAUCAGCACCACCCAGAUUGCAUGUGAUCACAUGAGCACAGACAGCCUCGCUUCGGACUCCAGCCCCACCAAGAAGCCCUGGUCGGUUUGUCUUGAUGACAGAUUUGGUUUAGCUCAUCAAAUCCGCAACAAGCAGUGCCGUCUCUACUCUUUAGGGCUGGGAAGUGAUGACACCCAUUUUGAGGUUAGCAUGGCCAACAAUGGAUGUGAAGUCCAUCGUUUUGAUCCUAGUGUUAAAUCAGCUCACAUUCUGGAGAGUCAGCGCCUUUGGUAUCACCGGUUGUCCAUUGACUGGCGGGACCCCCAUCCAGCUGUUGCUGCCCAAAAACCACAUAGCAACACCAGAAAACUGGGAACCAUUUUGAAUGAAUUUGGGCAUCACAAGAUUGAUGUUCUCAAAGCAGAUCUGGAGAGCGCAGAAUGGAAAGUUUUGGAAAAUCUUAUUCUAGAAGAUGUCCUGGAACAGAUUGGACAGCUCGUCUUUGAGAUCCAUCUCCACUGGCCCGGGUUCGAGGUCAGUGGCAGCGACAGCAGUGUUGUGCGGUUUUGGUACAGCCUCCUCAAAGAGUUAGAACUAAAGGAUUUCAGACUUUUUCACAGUUACAAAGAUUUAUCUAAACCUCAACUGUUCCUGAAGAAAGACAUUUUCAAUGCAAGUAGCUGUUAUACUCUGAGCUGGGUGAAUACAAGAUGGAGCUAGGUUGCAGGACCUCAUUAAGAACUCAAGGAAAUAUUUGCAGAAUGGAAUAUGUCCAUGAUUCGAAUUAUGGGUUUCCUUGUCCAGCCUCCCACUAGCCUGUUACGUGCUUGAGGUGGGGAUUGUUAUUGUCUUUGUAGUGCGUGUAGCCUGGUGCCUGCCACAUGGUAGGGGCACAGUUAACACUUGUUGAGGGGACGGACACAGGAGUGCUACAGGGGUCAGCCUCUGUGUGCCCAGACCCAGGCUCUUUGCUUCUUAGCCUCUGACAGAGUGGGGAUGCUUGUCCUCCUCCUUCACUUUACCUUGGAAGAUCAUCCUCCACUUACCUCAGUUUUCCCUAAAAUUUAUUGUGUAUCUAUAACCCAUGAAUUCACCAACAUGGAAAAGUAAUUACAUAAAUUUUCCAUUUUUACUGGGUUGUUGAGAUUCUUGUUUUUUGUAGCCUACUGUUUAAAAUAGGACCUCUCAUUCGACUUGAACUCACCUCUUGCGCAGUUUUCCUGUUCCCCUUGUCAAUGACGUUCUUUAUAUUUUGCAUAUUUCAAUCAUUCCUUCUCAGCCUUUGCUGAGGCCAUGCCAUGGUUUUACAAAAACCACUGAUUCUAGUAUCUGGGAACUCAGACACACCAAAUUCUGUCAUUGAAUUUAAAGACUAGACUAUCAAGAACUGGAGCUAAGCAUGCUUUUCAUAUGCAGCCUUAAAUCUCCUCUUUUCCUCUGAAACUAAGCACAAAAAAGAAUUUAGGUGUCUUUACCAUUGACUCUUCUGACUUCCAACUUGAUUUCUUAACCACAAACUUGCCGAUGUUGUCAAAUCUUUUUUUAAAAAAACAUACAUUAUCUCAAAGAUUAAGUGAGUUUUUCUUUAUUGCCAGUUGGCAUUUGUUAGAAGCCUGUGUCUUGAGGGCCAGAGUUUGUCUUUUUCCUGGGAUAUAGUUACACGUGUUUCAGUAGUACUCAUCCUUUUCACUUUUUAAAAAAAUUAAGCAGAAAAUGCAGGUUCUCAAUAGUUCAAAUGAUCUCUAUCAUUUCUAUUUAUCAGAUUAGACAUCUACCCCUACAAAUGGUUUUCAAAUAUCCUAUUUUAAAUAAAUUAAUUAAAUAGUAUAGCAAUAAACCAAAUUAUUACCUUAUUAUAAGUUAGGUGUAUUUUCUUAUACUUUUUAAAUCUUGAGAGAGCAGGAAAACAUGCAUACAUGUUUGUUCAAGAAAUCUGGGGAGGGAAUAGAAUACUGAUUACACUAAGCUUUAUUCCUUUUCUCCAUUUUUUAUCUACUUCUACCCCAGAUAUUCCCUGGGUUGGCUUUUUGUUUCUUGCAAUGCUUUGAAAAUACCAUUCUUCAAGUGAGAAAUCAAAAUAUAUUAGAGUUAGAUGAUCUCACUAACUUGGGUUCAAAAGAAACAAGACAUUCUAAAUUAGUAGUGAUUUUUUAAAAUACAAAUGAGGUUUUUAUUUUAAAACACAUUGUACACUAAUAAAAGUCAUUGAGGUGGGAGGACCAGCUUGAAUAAGUGUAAUUUGAAAUAGCAGUUUGGUUGCUUUUAAUGUCCAUCAUUAUUUCAAAAGGGCCCAUAAAACUCUAAAGUGAUAUUGUUAGUUUGUAUAGCCUUUCAUCCAGUUCCUGUUUGGAUUAUGUCACAGAUGCUUUCUCUUUUAUUUUUUAAUAAACAUUUUAUACAGUGAAGUAUAUAUAGUAAACCUUUUUGUAUGUUAAACCUUUUAAUUUUAAACCUUCUUACACACUAAAGUAUGAAGUGUACUGAUUUUAAGUGUCCAGUCUGAUCAGGUUUUAGGUGUGUACACACCCAUAUCAAGAUUUUUAAUUCAUGGGAUUGAAGAUUUAUGGUGUUACUGAAAGCCCUCUUUGCACAUGGCAAGUUAUCAUUUAUUCCAGAUUGGUGCUACAGAACACUGACUUCAUCACACUAAAUAUAUCUGAAGCAAGAAUGGGUAUACUGUUAAGAAAAAAGACAAGACAAACUCAAAAUAAACCACAAACACACCCACCCACAUCCACCUACUAGGCAGCCUGUUCAAUGGUUAUUUACUUAUUUUAUGCUUAUUUCUAAGACUGUCCUUCAUUCCCUCAUGGAGAGUUUGAAAUGUAUGAUGCCUUUUCUGACUGUUGCUAUGGUUUCCUUGCCUCUAGAAUUUAUUACGCUUAUUGUAUUGACCAGGGUUUCUUAAACUCAGUGUUACUACCACUUCAGGCUGGAUUAUUCUUUGUUGGGGGAGGGAGGGCUGUUCUGUACAUAGUAGGAUGUUUAGCAGCAUUCCUGGUCCUUCCUAUCGGGAGCCCCUUCCCUUCUCCUGCCUCAGUUGUGACAACCAGAUUUGUCUCCAGAGAGUGUCAAAUGUCCCCUCGGGGGCAGAAUCAUCCACUGUGGAGAACUCCUGGUGUAGGCCAUGAGAAAGGGUCUAGGUUACCACAGCACUGGUGUUUGGGGAGAUCCUGCUGGUGAAGCACCAGCAAAACAACCGCCAUCACCAAAACUACUACAAAAGCAACACAAACAAAAUGAAGAGCUACUAUUUAUUGUAGCUAUUACUAUAUGCCCAGCAGUAUGCACCAGCAGUGUACAUAUAUCAUUCCUAAUUCUCCCAACAACUUACAAGGAACUGUAAUUUUCCCGAUUACAUAUAUAGGUAAGGAAACUCUGAGAGGUUAGUUUAUUCAGAUCAUCCAACUGGUAGAUGGUGGGGCAGGAAUCCACACGUCCGUCUAUCAGAUUCCACAGCCCCUGUUGGUUCCUCCACAAUGCUGCCUCAAUAGCCUCUAACAAAUAUAAGAUUCUACUUCCAAAGGAUUUUUGCCUCCCUGUUAGUAAGUGGGGGGAAAAACUACAAAUAUACCAAGACCAGACCUGCAAAUCUGUUAGAGUUGGGAUCGUUGUUGCAGCACGCAGGUUAAAUUUAGAAUUUACUUAAUUAAACUCUGCCUGCCAAAUGGAAGCUUACUGAAAAAAUAUGGGAACCAACAACUUCUCUAUCAAUAUAUUCAGGUUGCCAAAAAAGCUCUUGCAAGGCCUUGGAAGUAACUCUUGGGCCUGGCUCAUCCCAAUACUUGGCAUUUCCUCCUGCGUUUCAGAAAGGGCAAGGUCACUUGGAAGUGCGGUGUGAGUUCUCUUUGCUUUAAACUAGUUUUUGACCCUUGAUAAAUGAGCUCAGAUGCGAAUAUCUGUGGCAAACAUCUCUUAAUUAACUGUUACCAGAGCAAUGCUCAUAAAUGAAUCUGAAAAUACAACUUUAAUAGUGCUCUUAUCA